UAUUAGUCACCACUGCUAGCAUUUCAAUGGCCAGAUUUGACUUAAAAUAAUUGGGCUACUUUGUAAAUAACUGAUUUAGUUAUCUUUCAUUUAAACUUGAAUUUGAUUUGCAUUAAGAGACCAUACCUAACAACUAUUAGUGAACCAAACACUUGUGAAAUUCAAAAAGUACAACAGUAAUAUUGCCUCUUGUAGAUCUUAAUAACGACAAUUUAAUAUAAGAAUCAUGAUGGACGGCAGUGGAUAUUCUGGAGAAAAUGAUUUGGGUGCAAGAUCCAGUGGAUCUACAGUGAAUAACAAAAAAUUACAACAAACUCAAGCCAAAGUUGAUGAGGUUGUUGGAAUUAUGAAAGUAAAUGUAGAUAAAGUAUUAGAAAGAGACCAGAAAUUAUCAGAAUUGGAUAACAGAGCUGAUGCAUUGCAAAUGGGAGCAGCUCAAUUUGAGCAGCAAGCUGGAAAAUUAAAACGCAAGUACUGGUGGAAAAAUUUAAAAAUGAUGCUCAUCAUUGGAGCUAUUUGUGGUAUUUUAUUGAUCAUCAUAAUAGUAUCAUCUGUUUCUGGUGGCUCCAGUGAAUCUGGAUCGCAAUAAUUGAAUAUUGCUCUUGCAACAAAAUGUUUGUAAAGUUUGCGCUUGAAAUACAAGACAGAAUACAAGGAGAAUAAUUACAAGGAGACAAUAAAUAUAAAUAAUUGAUCAAUUAUCGACAAUCAAUGGUUGAAAGCUUACAUAUAUUUUUAAUGAUAAUUUCAAAGGCGGUAAUGAAAAACAUAGAAUAAGUACAGUAUUAAGUAACAGUUGUCUACACGUAAAUGAAUUUUAUAUGAAAAUGUUAUAAGAUUAUCAGAGUCUUCGCCCGAAUUAAUCAAAUGGAUGAAAGAUUGAAUUGUUCUUAUAAGUGUUGUAUUUGUGAUUAAUAUUUUACAUUUUCAAAAUAGCAUUUUUUCAAAAGUGUUUGUGGUUAUUGAUAAUAUUUGAUAUUUCAUAUACUUAUAUACAUCGUAUAAAAUGAGUAUUUUGUUAUACUAAUGUUAGUCUGUAAAAAAUUUUAUACUAUAUACAAAAUAUAUCUUUGAUAAAUUGAUUUUAAAUACUAAACUGGAUGGAUUACCAAAAUAUAAGCACAAAAAAUUGAUUUUUCUAAGAAAUUUUAAGAUAUUUUAAUAAACAUAAACAUUCAAAUAAA